CUGUGAACAACUUUCACAAAUGUGCUAUAUAACCAUGACAAAGUUGUAAUUUAGUAAUAAAUAAUACUUUCGUUUGUCAACGUAACCGACAGAUUUGUGUUUUGACUGUUGGUGUUCUUAUUCGACUGAUUAGUGGUAGAAAGUGAUCGACUCUUCCACUGUUUGACAGUUAAGAAAUCAUUAAUCAAGAAGAAGAAGAAAUAAAAAAAGGAAACUAUUUACACACAUAACCUAGAAUGGCUUCAGUUGCAAAGAUCAUAUAUCUAAUUUCUAUACUGGUUGCAAUCGCUUGCAUAGUUGUAUCGAUAGCUAUCAGUCCAGCUUGGAGCGCUGAUUCAAGUAAUUCCCUUUUGAAAGCGAAUGGAGCACUCAGUGUUGUCGGCUUGGUACUAUUAGUGAUAGCUGCUAUACUCGCCAUUGUUUUGAUCUGCAGAGAUUACUCACGGAGAAUAAUGAUUGCUAUUAUUGUUCUUUUGGUUUUAGCCUUAAUAUGCUUUAUUGUCGCGUUGGCUGUCUACGGUCAAGGAUUGAACUGGCAGGCAUGGCUACUGUCAGCUAUGUUCAUCGCGGGGAUAUGCCCUAAAGGAUAAAACACACCAAUUACUGCUCACAAAGUGUUUUAAGUAUGUGACCAAAUAUUAUCUACUUGUGUUUAUUUUUUUAAAACCAAUAUAAACCGUCAUAUGGACUGCAAAGACAUUUCUGUUAAGAGUUCUAUUUGUCUGUUUAUGGGCGGGGUAGAGGGAAGUAACACAAACACAAAUAAAAUGACACUUUAUUUUUUAUAGUUAUGAAUAAAGAUUCGGUUUCACUGUCAAAAAAUAGACGUAUUUUUCAC